AGGCGGCGGCCAACAUGCAGACUAUAGCGAGGCUGGAAGGAGCAGCGGCGGUGGCGACGGCAGCGGCAGCAGCAGCCCGGGAAAGGAGGCAGAGCGAGGCGCGCGCGGGACUGGAGAGCCCGGAGCAGCAGCAGCAGCAAAAGCACAGGCAGCUCCGCCUGCCAGAGGCCUCGUCCCCUCGCCUCCAGCAUCGGCCAGGAAGAGACUCAGGGGAAGAGCUCCUUUAAUUCGAUUUUUAUUAUUAUUCUUUUUUAAGAGGUUGGGGGACCUGCUGGAUGUCCUCAGCAGCCCCGGAACGUCCUCGCCAAGCCAGCCCCGCAUCAAGCGCGUCCCCAUGGACCGGGCCAAAGAGUUUUUGACUCCUGGACUCCCUCCGAGCCCAUAGGGGUAAGGGAACUGCUGCUGGUCGCUGUUGGUUGCUUACCUUACCCCACCCCCCACCCCCAAAGGAUUUUAUAUUAUAGAAAAGGGAGGAGGGCGAUUAUCAGCACCGAUCUGGGGGUGUUCUUAAAAUAAAAUUAGGGGGGAAAUUGUUUUUGUUUUGAUUUUGUCCCGAGAGAGGGGGGAGACCUUGCGCUUCCCCCUCCCGCUCGAUUUCCUAAUAUGAGCAUCGUUCUAUUUAUAUAGCAGACAUCAUAUUUCUCUCCCCUCCUCACCAUCCCUUCCUCUCUGGCUCCUCAAAAUAUCUCCUCUCUCUCCCUUUUCUUGAGACCCCCCAAGGCUCCUCGUUUUGAGAUGCCCCAAGCAUUGCAGCCUAUGAUUUCGGACGAUUUUUUUUUUUAAUGUUGGGGAGGGGGCUCUGAUGUGACUUGCACUUUGACCUCUGACUGCUCUACCUCAAACCUGCGAGGACUCCUUUGUUUCCACCUCCACCCCCCCCCCAUGCUCCUUUACCUUCCAGCAUACUGACAGCACCUGAUUUGGCCUCCUCGAUUGCUCUCAUUCGUUAUUAUUAUUAAUAAUAAUAAUAAUUCAGGUUCUUGAAGAAGGCUUUUUUAUCUGGCAACAACCUCAGCCACCAGAAAAAGGCCACGAAGAAGAUUAGCUUCAGUCCCUGGUUCUUGAGCCGCCAGCCUGGCCUCCUCUGGACGCUGGAGUUUUUAAUUUUUGGAAGAUUUUUUCAAAGAGAAGAUUUAUUGAUGUUGUUGAUGAUGGUGAUGAUCGUUGGCUUUUGAGUUUGAUGUUCCCGCCGGGACUUCGUUGAGAAGAUCAACUUCUGCAGACAGCUUGCUCCAACGUGAAGGUUUUUCAAAAGCUCCGAGCCUGGGAGGGUCUUCCGUACACCCACCCACACACCCGGGUGUGUUUUGGGGUGCUUGUUUUGGGCAUCGAUUUCUGCCUCUGCUGUGGACAUCUGGGAAGGAAAAGCGUCGCCUGCCCGCCUGCCUCCUCCAGCCUUGCUUGCAAACUUUUGAUCCUACUCCGCCUCCAAAAAACACACACAAAAAAAACAACAACUCACGACGACAUACCCAGCGCCACAGCCACAGCCCCCAACCACCCGCCCGCCCCCCUAACCAAAGACAAUGGUUCACUGUGCCGGUUGCAAAAGACCCAUCCUAGACCGCUUCCUCUUGAACGUUUUGGACCGCGCUUGGCACGUCAAAUGCGUUCAGUGCUGUGAAUGUAAAUGCAACCUGACCGAGAAGUGUUUCUCCAGGGAAGGGAAGCUUUACUGUAAAAACGACUUUUUUAGGUGUUUUGGGACCAAGUGUGCUGGCUGCUCCCAGGGCAUCUCUCCCAGCGACCUGGUCAGGAGGGCCAGGAGCAAAGUCUUUCACCUGAGCUGUUUCACCUGCAUGAUGUGUAACAAACAGCUCUCCACCGGCGAGGAGCUUUAUAUCAUCGACGAGAACAAGUUUGUCUGCAAAGAAGAUUACCUGAGCAACAGCAGCACUGCCAAAGAGAACAGCUUGCACUCAGCCACCACCGGCAGCGACCCCAGCCUCUCCCCGGACUCCCAAGACCCCUGCCAAGACGAUGCCAAGGACUCGGAGAGCGCCAACGUGUCGGACAAGGAGGUGGGCAGCAACGAGAACGACGACCAAAACCUGGGGGCCAAGCGGAGAGGGCCCCGCACCACCAUCAAGGCCAAGCAACUGGAGACCCUCAAAGCGGCUUUUGCUGCCACCCCUAAGCCCACCCGGCAUAUCCGCGAACAGCUGGCGCAGGAGACCGGCCUCAACAUGAGAGUCAUCCAGGUUUGGUUCCAGAAUCGGCGUUCCAAAGAAAGGCGCAUGAAGCAACUGAGCGCGCUGGGGGCCCGACGGCACGCGUUUUUCCGCAGCCCCCGCCGCAUGAGGCCGCUGGUAGACCGUCUGGAGCCGGGAGAGCUCAUCCCCAACGGGCCCUUCUCCUUUUACGGAGAUUACCAGAGCGAAUACUACGGACCUGGGAGCAACUACGAUUUCUUCCCCCAAGGACCGCCUUCCUCUCAAGCCCAGACGCCGGUGGAUCUCCCUUUCGUGCCAUCGUCCGGGUCGUCAGGAACGCCUCUUGGGGGGAUGGACCACCCCUUACCUGGACACCACCCUUCCAGCGAAGCUCAGCGUUUCACAGAUAUCAUGUCACACCCACCUGGGGACUCUCCGAGCCCCGAACCCAACCUACCCGGCUCCUUGCACUCCAUGUCGGCCGAAGUUUUUGGGCCGAGUCCUCCGUUUUCCUCGAUAUCCGUCAAUGGCGGUGCUAACUAUGGCAGCCACUUAUCACAUCCGCCCGAAAUGAACGAGGCUGCUGUAUGGUAGCUUUAAAUACCAAGACUGGGGGCUGAGAAAUCGAAGCCCAGGGAGAUUCUGGUAUAAACCGGAGGACAAUCUUCAUGAUACAGAAUGAACAGGAGAAAAGAAAAGACAAGGGGAAAAAUAUGAAGAAAGUAAUCUCUUUUUGUACCAAGUGAAGAAGGAAAAAAGACACUGGCAAAGUGGAUUUGUUUCGAUACUGCCAUAUACUAUGGGAUGGCGAAUAGUGAGUGUCCGCAUUCACUAGACUAUAACUCUAGGGGGGGGGAACAAGAUUCUCAGAGACUUUUCUCAUAGGAAAAGAAACCAAUAUUGAAUAAAGGCAAGGUCAACAAGAACAAGACAAAAAAAAGCUUCAAGGAAUUCUAGCAUUUUUUAAAAUGAUGAUUCUUUUGGUAUUAUUGAUUUGUUUAUUUUGCCUCCGAACAUUCAACAUGAGCCACAACAAUAGACUUUUAAAGCUUCAGAAAUGUCAGGUGGGGCAAAUGAAAUGUAGUUAAUUUUGUUGUUAUUUUUGGGAGGGUGGUGCUUUUAUGUUUAUUUUAUUUUCAUUGGCCAAAAUAGCAAAUAUUUAAAUAUAAGCCCUCCGAAUCAACUCUUCUACCUUCUCUGAGCGACACACACCAAUAAUCCUCAAAACCCAGAAGUCUUCUGCUAGACUUCUAAGUAAAAAAAAAAACUGACUUGAAAAGAAACGAACGACAAAGUAUUCUACCUUCAGAAAAAUAAAAGCUAAACAAACAAAAAUAAAAAGACUCUAUGAAACUAGAAAAAAAAGCAGUCAACUGUUUACGUCGAAUGUUAAAUUCAGGAGCGCAAUGUUUUACUUAAAAAAAAUUCCUGUUUUAGAACCUCUUGUUCAAAAGCAAAGUAUUUUGAGCAAUCAACCAAAAUAGUUCAUUUUUCUUUCUUUUUCCUUUUUUUUCUGUAGUUGUUAUAAGACAUUACAGGGCUUGUGUUUCACUGUGCUAGUUUGUAAAGGUGGCGUUUACAGCAGGCAAAGAAUAAAAACUUAUAAAAUCAAACAGUUGCCAAAUAAAACAAUUCUAUAGCACAAAAUACUCUUUGGGGGUGCUGUACCCACAGCCCGGGGGGAAAACGCAAAACAUUUUAAACAAAGUGUUACAAGGUUAAGAGGGGGGGAAAUUUAACAUCUUUGCUAAUGUUUAGUCCUGUUCAACAUUAAUGGAAUUGUUAAUAUGACUUAUAUAGACCCACACAGGUUUUAUUUUUGUGUCUUUAAAAGAAAAAAAAGUUCAAAAUAUUUAAAUUUUAUGGUCAAAUAUGCAGUCAGCAGCUGCUACUUUUUUUCCUUUAUAUAUUAAAUUUCUCAUAUGUCUUUUAUUGUUCAAAUAAACCUAAGCUUGUGUGACCUCCAGUGCAUAUUAGACCAUUCACUGUAUGAAAGGGGGGGAAAGUUGGAUUCAAAAAUUUGUGAAUUUUUAAUAAAAUUAGAAAAUCUGA